AUGAGAAUGCAGCUAUGGAGUAAUAUGCUAUAGUAGAGUUUUUUGAUGGAUUGCAAAUGAUACCCUUUUCUUGGAUGACAGAAGAUAAGAAAUAUGCGUACUGGCCUACUUUCACAUCAAAUGACAAAUUUAGAAAAGCUGUGCAAAAAUGUAUCUCAAAAAUGGAUGAUUGGCCGCUGCAUGAAAUAAAGAGGAUUCUAGCAACUGCAAAUACAUAUAAAAAAGGAAUAAAGAAAUUAAAGAAAGCGGAAUUUAUAUCUGAUGUAAAUUCUGAAAGUGAAGAUAAUGAUACUUUAAAAAAAAGUAGAAAAUAUAGAGCAAAAACUGUUUUAAGCAACGAAAAAAGUUUCAGUGAAGAAGAAAACCUUGUUCCUGUACCUUCUUAUCCAAAAGUACCACAAAAUACAAAUCUUAAUAAGCAAUUAUUUAAAAAUCCAGCCUUUAAAAUGCCAUUCAAAAACAAACAUGUAUCAAAACAGAUAGACUAUGAGGAUGACAAUCGUUCCCUCUCCGAGG